GUGAAACUAUCGCUUCUGUACCUCAAACAAACUGAUGGUGCUGUACUGUACUUGUACGACUAUCCUGUCCCGAAAAAAAUAACUUGUUUAGUUUUGCACUGGUUGAAACUAAGCAAAUGCAUGCAGAAGUGUUGCCAUUCAAUUUUCUGUCGUGUUUCUUUAGCAUAAAAGCCCGAGCAGGUGUAUAAAAACAGCAGUGUAUUGUAAUUGUUUACUGUUGUGUAUGGUGUGCUUUAAAGAAAGAAGAACAACAGCUGUAAGCAGCAUUUUUUCUGUCUAAAGCCAUUUUUUUUACAGUUUAUGGUCUGAAGCUGAUAUUAUGGAUCAAUACUCAUUAGUGAGAGUCAUUGGCGAAGGAUCUUUUGGUCGAGCUCUCUUGGUUCAGCAAAUAAACGAAGAGAAGCAAAAUUAUGUAAUGAAGGAAAUACGACUGCCAAAGGCUGAGGCUGGGAUGAGGAACAGCAGAAGAGAAGCAGUGCUUCUGUCCAGAAUGAAGCAUGCAAACAUUGUGGCAUUCAAAGACUCUUUUGAAGCUGAUGGUCAUCUGUACAUAGUGAUGGAGUUCUGCAGUGGUGGAGAUCUUCUUCAAAGGAUACGGCAACAAAAAGAUAUUCUGUUCUCCGAGGAUGUGAUCCUGAAGUGGUUUACACAGAUGUGUCUAGGCACCAAACACAUUCACGACAAGAGAGUACUUCACAGGGACUUAAAAUCAAAGAAUAUUUUCUUGACAGACGGUGGAACUGUAAAGGUGGGGGAUUUUGGUUCGGCUUGCACUCUUAACAGUGCAAAAGCAUUCGCUCAGACCUAUGUGGGCACUCCGUAUUACGUGUCUCCAGAGAUAUGGGACAACAAACCUUACAAUAAUAAAAGUGACGUUUGGUCUCUUGGCUGUGUCUUGUAUGAACUUUGCACCCUCCAACACCCGUUUCAGGCUCGUAGCUGGAAGAGUCUGAUCUUGAAGGUGUGUCGAGGGACGUACGCACCCUUACCCAGUCACUUCCCCUAUGAGCUGCACUACCUCAUCAAACACAUGUUUAAGACUAACCCCAGAGACAGACCCUCAGUACACACUAUCCUCAGCUCUCACCGCGCGUCCCGACUGCUGCAGAAACACCUGAUGCCAGAGCAAAAAGAACCGGUGGGAACACGAACACGCCAUUGGAGAAAAGAGGAAGGGGAGAAAGUGGCCAUGUUUUUGGGCCAGAAGAGUUUAUUGACCACAUCUACCACUGAAGCAGUGAUGACCCAGCUUCUCGUAAGAGGUGGAUCGUGUAAUACAGUGCUGGGGGUCCUGGGAAAUGCUGACAUCAUUUCCACCGGUAGCAUGGACACUGCAGAACGGCCUGACCUCGUUUCAGAGGCCGAGGGUGUGGAGACCCAGCGGAGACGAGUGAGGAAACAAUGGGACAAAGAUCCACCGGAGAGACUCCUGAGCGUUUUGGAGAAAGCGCAGCUCUGCUACGGCUUUGAGACGUACUCUAUACACAGAGACGCAGGUUCUUCAAGCCCAGAGCCUGGAGAUAAAGUGGACGGCCCUGAGGAGACUAUCACAGACUUCAGUAGACUGGAGCCGCGCUCAGACGAUGAAGACACGGAUUUUGAAGAGGAGUGUCCGUAUGACUGGAUUAAUGAACUAGAGAAGAUGGUGGAGGAACAAUAGCAACUCAAGUGUGUUAUUCCACAUGUAAAUAUGCUUUAUUUGUAUUCGAUUUUGAAGAUUCUGACAUAAAAGACAUGAGACUGUCAAGAAAAUAUAACAGUAAAGUGAUUUCUAAUCUCAAGAGCUUG